AUGGAAGGACUUCCAGCCGGCCGGACGCUCGCUUUUCUCCCGAAUGUUGUUUUGAUGGUGAUCGAGCGUAUACGUGCUUCGAGUCGCCGCGUUCCUAUCGCUGUCGCCUGCGAUAUCACGGACGGCAACGAUUGGCGCCGGCUACUGCCAAACACGUGUGUGACGCAGUCGGCUUAUGGUCUUAGUGAGUGUGCUUCUGCGCUUCUGCUCGUCCACCCACACAUUCUGAGCGCUUUGCAUAUGAUUUUUCUUCUCUUCGUUCGAAGAACUUCAAAUCGACGUGAUCGUGUUCAUGUCGGUGCCGAUCAUCAGCUGAUAGACAUCGAUAGCAAUCGAUUCCAUUAUUAUUAG